CACAAUAGUGCAAAUAAAAACAUAAAUAACACAAGAAAAAAAAACGGAUAACAAAACUUUUAUCUAAUAUUCCUUUGUAGCUUAAACAAAUGAGUAAUUUGUUGGGUUUAAUAUGUGUCGGCCUACUAUGGGGUUGCACAAAUCCUUUUAUACGCCUAGGCAGUGAAGGUAUUGAAAAUAUCAAUAGCGGCUCAUCUUCGAAAAACCUAUGGCUGGAACUAAAAAUGAUUGGAAUGCGUUUGAAAUAUUGGAUACCUUUUUUGUUAAAUCAAAUGGGUAGUGUGGUUUAUGUUUGGACGUUACAAACUAGCAAUAUUAUUGUUGCCGUCCCUGUUGCGAAUUCAUUGACGUUUGCAUUCACUGCCCUCACCGGUUACUGUCUUGGCGAAAAGAUACCAGGAAAAAAUGUGAUAAUUGGUUCUUUGCUGGUCUGUCUUGGCUCUUCGGCAAUGUUAUAUGAUCAGGCAUCCAGAGAUAGCUCUUCAACAUAACCUAAGAGAAUCAUUUACACAUCUUUGGAUCCAAUGUGAUAAGUUCGGCCUACCCAAAAUGAGUUUUAUACAAAUUUAACUGAUACAAAUUAUGUUAAACCGAACAUGGAAUACGACUGCCGUCGAAAACAUAUACGACGACAAAAAACAAACACAACAUUUCGUAUUACAAUAACCAAAUACCAAUUGAAUUUAUUUUAUAUAUAAAAAUAUAUAUCUCUUAAUCUACAA